AUGAUCAUUCACAUCACUAUCCUCAUUAUCAUAAUUGCUAUCGCAGGAGUUCUCAAGUCGGUUUCAGACACACCACCUACUCAUUUCACCCUCAAAAUUCAAUUAUUUUCAUUACUAACAAAGAACAACAUUGAGAGAUACACUUCAGGUGAUUUUGAAGCUGCAGGUUAUAAAUGGUACUCUCUCUCCCUCCCUCUCCCUCUGAAGUUGGUUCUUCACCCAAAUGGAAAUAGGAGCAAAAAUAUUAAAGAUCACCUCUCUUUCUACUUGAUGAUGUCGGAAGCUAGUUCAUUGCAUCCUGGUUGGGAGGUGCAUGUUGUUUUUCGACUGUUUUUGCUUGAUCAGAACAAGGACAACUACUUAACACUUGAAGGUGUCAUCUCCAAUUCAGCAAUAGUGUUACAGUUUUAUAUAAUGGGAAAGGGAAGACGCUUUUAUGAGAUGAAGCUGGAAUGGGGUUUUGAUCGGUUCAUCCCUCUUACUGCAUUUACCAAUCCUGAUAAUGGGUAUCUUGUCAACGACACUUGUGUAUUUGGAGCAGAGGUCUUUGUCUAUCAUAAGAAAGAGUCAUUAUUGAUGGUGAAGGACGCUAUUAAGUGCAAGCACACUUGGAAAAUUGAGAGAUUUUCAAAGUUAGACAAAGAGUGUAAAGACUCUGACACAUUCAAUGCUGGAGAUCAGAAAUGGAAGAUACAACUAUAUCCAAAGGGAAAUGGCAGUGGCAUAGGAACUCAUAUAUCUCUGUAUCUGGCUUUGGCUGAUCCCACAACCCUUCCUCCUGGCUCAAAAUUAUUUGCAGAGUUCAUAUUGCGUGUGCUAGACCUAAAGCGUGACAAUCAUGAGUUCAUAAAAGGGACUUACUGGUUCAGUGCAUCAAGCCAACAAUGUGGUUGGCCUCAAUUCAUGUCACUCAGUUAUUUAAAUUUAUUAAACUACAAGUUUCUGCUAAAUGACACUUGCUGGGUGGAAGCAGAAGUCAUUGUCCAUGGGGUGGCUGGUGCAAAGUAA